CCCCCCCCUCCUCCCUCGUCAUCACAACCAUCACCCAUGCUGUCCAGUCACGUACGUAGUCGACUCUUGUCCUGGUUCUUAAACUACACCUUUGCAAGCUUUGUACUAUCGCAUGUACAGGCUGUCGUACGUACGCUCGUUUUAUAAUACUACGUUCGCCUCUUCUCUUAUUUCCAAAACAUAUCUACCGUUGUUCCACCUGGAGACCUACGCUGCCCGAAAGGAAUAACCUCCCCCGUUUUUCCCCUCUCGGUAUCGAUAUACAUCUACUUAUAUCGUCGCCGUCACCAUCACCGCGAUGGCCCCUUCGAAACCUCAUCAAACUCGGCUUAGGGCAUCGUGCGAUGGGUGCUUCUUAGCCAAGGUCAAGUGUUCUAAGGCCCGCCCGAUAUGUUCUCGCUGUCUCUCCUGCGGCACCGAAUGCCGAUACUCGCCUUCCAGCAGGGCUGGCAAGCCCAAGUCCGAUAUCAAUGGAAACCACCAGCCAAAUUCCCAUCAGGAUAUCCAGCAAAUCCACCACAGCCUGAUGGAGGACGAGAGUAUUGCCUAUUCAGCAGCACACCAAGCACCAUCAGAACGCAUGCUCGCUCUCGGGACAGGAUGGCAUACGCCUCCUAUGCGUGUCGAUGGCAAUAUGAGCCGAAACCCUUCCAUAUCAGCAGAUCUUUCCUUGAUAGUGGCCGAAGAUAGAGCCAUUGGAGACCAUGACCAUAUGUCUGCCCCACACGAGAUCUAUUCGCCCGCCAUGCCAUGGACGCCACCCAUAGAUCUUUCUGGCGCGACGUUCGGGGACUCGCCCGUCAUAACAACGCCUCUGCCUGGUGCUCCCAUGAGAUCUCACUCAUUUGACAUACCGUCAAUGCCUCCGAUGCCGUGGACCGCCCAAGUCCCAUCAGACAUGAUUCCGUAUGGCCAGGUGCCGACCCCGACGAGCGUCUACUUCCCCAGUCCGAUUGUGACGCCUACGACCGGACCAGCUGGCCCACGCGACAACUCGUCUCCCACGGCUAUCGGCGGAGACUUUUGUGCUUGCUUUUCUGUCUGUCUACAGUCCCUCCAGGCGCUGCAUGAUGCUUCUUCGCCGUCGUCUCCUCCUUUUGACCUUGUCCUGUCUCUCAACCAGAAGGCGGUCGAGGGAUGCGCAGCCAUGCUAACCUGCACUCGAUGCAUGAGUCGAUCUGGCACACAUACGGCCGCUAUGCUCCUUGCCACCGUCAUAGGGAAAAUAACGUCCUUCUACAGGAACGCGACGCACACGUACUUCGAGACUAGCGGCAUGGGCAUCCCUCAUAACCCAGGCAAUAAUGUCGGGGUUAGCCUUGGUGUGUACCAGCUCAAUGGCGAGGAUGGAAAGUGGGUGGAGAUGGAGAUCUUGGCUAGGGAGUUCCGCAAGUUGGAAGAAGUCUAUGCUAGAUUCCGAGACGUGAUUUACACCGACUUAUCCGACAUUCCCGACGUCACCAAGGCCAUGGUCAGUUACCUGGGACAAAAUCUCGGCUCGACACUAGAGGUCAUCACCCAUAGGAAGAGCGACUUCACCUGCGUUAUGUAAAUAUGCCCUGGCUAGAGCAGGCUGCGCAUCACAGCUGUCGCCGUCAGACGAGAUUACGACGCGAUACAGGUAGCAGAGGCCGACACAGGCCACGCAACAAUACAUGCGUUGUCUAUUCGACUAACCAGCGUAUAAUCAUUCACUCGCCCACUUACGUCCUUUGCUUCGUUU